AUUUUUUUUUGCUCUCAUCCAUUCUAAUUUGUAUGUUCUCUUUUCUCGGGCUGCUGAAAAACGCAUGCGCUGGCCACAACUACUGCAACAACAACAACAACAACAACAACAAAACCAACAACACUAGCAACAGCAACAGCAACAACAACAAGAACAACGGCAACAGCGCGAGAAGUGUAUUUCAUUCAAUAGGAAAAUCUCAUCGAAAGGUGGUGGAAAAAUCAGGCGACCCGAACGCGAGCACGCGAAGCCGAAGGCGAAUCCGAAUACGAACGCCAACACAAUCGCGAGCGACGACGUGCAUUGCGCAAACUGCGAGCACGAGCCAACAAACAACAAAAAAAAAUACUAAAACGACGAGCAAAGGAGAAGAGUAAGGAACAAAAGGAGGAAAAACAGAAAAACAAGAAAAAAAUUUAUCGAAGGGUGUGUGUGAGUGUUUCGUGUUCAUUACGAAAUUGUUGUUGGGCCCAAAACUCACCACCGGGGCGCAAAAAGAGGGUGGAGUUGCCCUCAGUGUGCGAGCGUGCGAGCGUGUGACAUUGUGAGCGCAGUCAGCCAGCCCCCUAAAUUGCUUGGUGAAAAUUGCUGGCGGCCCGGUUUUUGGCCCAGCAGUCAGUUGCCACAGUCGUCCAAUCGCCCAGUUGCCUGUCGCCAGUCGCUAGUCGUAUUUCGAGCUGUGCUGCUCAAAAAGCGCCUGCUGCCAACAAAACUUAUAGGAACAAGCAAAAAGGAAAAAAAUACACAAAAAAAAAAAACACAAAAAAUAGCAACAACAAAUACGCGUCUUUAACUUGCCCUCAUCCAUUUAUUCCAAACCUGGGCAGGGUGCAGUUUUUCCAAAUUUUUGCCCGUGCGUCGCGUGUGAUAUUCGUGUGUGUGUCUCAUUGUUUUAUGAAUGGCAUAAGCAUAGAAGGAAAAUUCAAAUAAAGAGAAAAGAGAGAAAUUUACAAACAAACCAGCAAGCCGAAAAUAAGAAUUAAGAAGCUGCAAGAAAUAAGUGAAUUCCACUCCGCCAUCUUCAACUUGUCAUCCCUCAGCGUAACCACAGUUCAGUUCAGUUCGGUUCGGUUCAGUUCAGUGCAGCAUCCAGCGACGAUUCCAACCUCACUUUUGUGCCGCUAAGAUACACUUUCAAAUUCAACAGCUUGCUAGCUAAGCGUGACACAUAUUUUCACUUACUCGCACACGAGAACACGGGGAGACUCCUGCUCCUGUUCCAUUUACUGAUCAAACUGGUUUAACCAGGUUUUUUUUGGAGCAACUACAGUCGUUAGCAAUAUGAAAAUGGAAAAACGCUCCACGGCGACAGCAACAUUUUUAACAAACUACCGUGAAAUUUAAAUAUAUUAUACAUUUAAAAUAUAUGUAUAAUUCCCAAUUUGAUAAUUAAGUACUGCGGCUGAUGAGCAAAGGUGUUCCACGGAAACAACAGCAACAACAGAAAACUUCCCAAAACAAAAAAAAAGAAAAGAAAUAAAAUUAAAUUAAAUACACUUCCAUAAAAGACAUUAGAAGACAAGCGAAACUUGUAACAAUAACGCAUUAAUUUUAGUUGGAAAUAAGAAGAAAAGAAAGCGCACAUCGCAAAUGAUCAAACUGCUUCCUAAUUAAUAUUAAACGCAAGGGAUAACACAAGGGUAACAAAUACACACAAAAUCGCAUACACAAAAAACAAGAUAAAAGCAACGAACAUGUCACACGCCGUCGCCAAGAAAACAGAAACGGAAAACUGCAUCGGCAGCAGCAGCAGCAGCAGCAACCUCAAACAGUCGCCACAGCCUGCGCAGCAACCGCACAGCAGCAGCAGCAAUAGCAACAGCAACAACACCAACACCAACAACAGCCAUAACAACAGCAACGGCGAUGCUGGGUUCACUCUACUGAACGGUAACCACUCGUCGCAUCAGCGAAGCAACGGACUCACGCAUGCAGCGGCAGCUGCUGUGGCUGCCAGCUAUGCCAGCGGAGGCAGCGCCAAUGGCAUCGGAAGUGGUUCCGGCAAUAGCGGAAUGUCGUCGGUAGGUGGCGCUAGUGCAACAGCAGCUGGCAUCAAUGCGGCUCUGCUGAACGCUGCGCCGGCCACAGCGCUGCCCAGCAAUGGGGGAUUGCAGUCGCCCUAUGAACGCUACAGAGCCGACGAUACCAGUUAUGUGCCCAUCGGACAAUUCUAUGCGGGACGCAGUGUAUUCAUUACAGGCGGCACUGGCUUUAUGGGCAAGGUGCUGGUUGAGAAACUGCUACGUUCAUGUCCAGAUAUAAGGAAUAUAUAUCUUUUGAUACGGCCGAAACGCGGUCAAGAGGUCUCGGCGCGACUUACGGAACUCCUAAAUGCACCGCUUUUUGAAUCGUUGCGUCGAGAGAAGCCCAAGGAAUUAAGCAAAGUUAUACCGAUUUCAGGCGAUAUUACAUCCGAGGAACUGGGUAUCUCUGAGAGCGAUCAGACGCUACUCUGUCGCAAUGUUUCCGUUGUAUUUCAUUCAGCUGCCACUGUUAAAUUCGACGAGAAACUGAAACUGUCUGUCACAAUCAAUAUGUUAGGCACGAAACGUUUGGUUGAGCUCUGCCAUCGCAUGAUGUCCCUAGACGCUUUGAUUCACGUAUCCACUGCCUAUUGCAAUUGCGAUAGAACCGAUGUAUCGGAGGUUAUCUAUGCACCACCUUAUAAUCCCGACGAUAUAAUCUCAUUAAUCAACUGGCUUCCGGAAGAUAUACUCGAUCAGCUGACACCGCGUCUUAUUGGCAAACGUCCCAAUACCUACACUUUUACAAAAGCCUUAGCGGAGCAUAUGUUACUUAAGGAGGCUGGGAAUCUGCCCGUUGCCAUUGUGAGGCCCUCAAUUGUGACUGCCAGUCUGAAUGAGCCGUUCGCCGGUUGGGUGGAUAACUUUAAUGGGCCAACGGGUCUAGUCUCUGCGCUGGCCAAGGGCAUGUUCCGGACAAUGAUGUGCGAGAAGAACUAUGUGGCCGAUAUGGUACCUGUCGAUAUUGUGAUUAAUCUAAUGAUUGCCGCCGCAUGGCGUACAGCGACGCGUAAAUCCAAUAAUUUACUCAUAUACAAUUGUUGUACCGGUCAACGUAAUCCCAUCAUAUGGUCUGAGUUUGUCAAAUUUGCAAUGUCCAGUGUUCGCAAACAUCCCUUGGAGGGUUGCCUGUGGUAUCCAACUGGAGACCUGCGCAUGAAUCGUCCAAUGAACACGCUGAAUUGUUUACUAAAACACUUUCUACCGGCCUACAUACUGGAUGGAGUGGCGCGCAUAAUGGGCAAGAAGCCAUUUGUUGUCAACGUACAAAACAAAAUUGCCAAAGCUGUUGAAUGCUUAGAAUAUUUUGCAACACGUCAAUGGCGCUUCAAGGAUGACAAUGUCCAUGGACUGCUGCAUACACUCAGUCCCAAGGAUCGUGAAAUAUUCAUCUUCGAUGUGCGCAACAUCAACUGGGACAAGUAUGUGGAGCGCUAUGUUUUGGGCUUCAGGGAGUUUCUGUUCAAGCAGCGCCCUGAAUCGUUGCCCGCCAGCAGAAAGCGUAUGGUCAGGCUAUACUAUCUGCAUCAGCUGGUUAAAGUGGUUGCUGUGCUGCUCACCUGGCGCUUCCUGAUGUCACGUUCGAAGCGUCUGAAUGAUAUGUGGAGCGCAUUUCUGGAAAACGCGCUGAAGAUAGCGCGCUUGAUACCAUUUUUGUAAUAAUUCGGCACCUGUUCUGGUGACCGAGACAAAGCAGCAAAAAUCUUGUCUGGUGAUGUUCUUCUUUGCAAUUUCUAAAUGCUUUAAACAUGGCAUACAUUUUAGAGGUUUUUAGCAAUUAAUUAUAAUCAUAUUUUUAUAUAUGUUAAAACGAGUAAACAAAUACCACAAAAACAACAACAAUCGGGUGAAUAAAAUGGCAUUCACAGGCACUCACAAAUAGGACACACACACGCACACACACAUACCAAGAAACUCAUACACCACAUACAAAUACAAACACAAAUAAACAUGAACACAAACACACAAAAUGCAGCUGCAGUGCCAGCAGUACCUGUCCGCUGUCAGGUGUGACGCAAAUUGUGCAAUUUUUGAGAUACUUUUAUGCCUCUCAUGGGUGUCGGUUCUCUCAUUGGCGAGUUGAAGGCGUACUUUUUGUAAAUUUUGUGCAGUCAACUAAGUAAAAAUAAAAAUAAUAUUAAUACAAAAAAUACAAGUAAAACUAACAAUAUAAAUUAAAACUAAAAACGAAAAUAUAACUAAUAACUUAUUAAAUGGUAUAUAGAUUACUUAUAUACAUAAUAAUAUUUCCACCUUCGCGUAAACAAACAACAAGUUCAUAUGUCAAAAAAACAAAAGAAUAAAAACCAAAAAAACUACAAAACUAUACUUGGGAAGGAGAUAAAUUCAUCUAUCUAUUACGGAUUAUGGAUUAUAAACAUACUAUGUCAAAGAUAAUGAAGUAAUUUGCAGUAAUUAGUAAAACCGAAAACAAGUUUGCAAAAGAAACAAAACAAAUAUAUAUAUACAAAACAUAAAACUAUUUAACAAAAAAGUAAAAGAAAAAAAAUUUAUAAAAAUGGCUUGUUAUUGCUUUAAAUUACAUGAACGUAACGUAAACUAUGCUAAUUAAUUAAUUAUAAAUAUUAUUACUAGUUUUAACAUUUUUACAAUUACAAUUAAGUUUUCAAUUUAUAUAUUACAAAGAAACAAAAAAAAUAAACAAAACAAAUCCAGAAUUAUAUACAAAAUGAGGAACAGAAAUGAAAUUAAUUCAAGUGGAGAAUAAAAAAAAAACAAAAUUUGAAGUUUAUAAAUAUACAAAAUUAAAUUUAUGUAUAUGUAUAUUAUAACAAA